CCACAUGGCCACUCUGCACCCCAGCCCUGCUGCUUCUCCGGGGUGAAAAUCCUGCCCAUUCCCGUGCUCUCCAACAACUACAGCUACCUAGUCAUCGACACUGGCUCAAGCCGGGCAGCCGUCAUCGACCCCUCUGACCCACUGGCAGUGCAGGCUGCCAUUGAAGAAGAGGGGGUGAUGCUGGAGGCCAUAUUCUGCACCCACAAACACUGGGACCACAGCGGCGGGAACGCGGCGCUCCGCCAGCAGCACAGCUCCUGCAAGGUGUACGGCAGCACCCUGGAUGCCAUCCCAGAGCUCACCAACCCGCUUGCGGACAGGGAGAAAGUGAGCGUGGGCUGCCUGACCUUCGAGGCGCUCGCCACGCCCGGCCACACCGUGGGCCAUAUGGUGUACGUGCUGGACGGGAGGCCCUUCGGCCGCCCC